AUGCUAAAAUAGAAACAUAUUUAUAUUGAAAAUAUUCUUUAUUUGCUAUUUAGAUUUGAUCAACACAUAUAUUUUAUCGUAACAUAAUUUUCCACUUCUAUUGGAGUCAUAUUUAUUUAAUAUUGUCUCAAUAAUGUCUUUUUCUAUGAAUACGCAACAAUACUUUUUUAAAAAUUGUACAAAGGGUUAUAUCAAGACUUCCAUUUUUUCCAAAUCAAAAUACACAAAGUCCUUUUGACUAUCUUUUCUGUAUCAUCUUUGGCAACUCUUUUAUCUAAUUUUUUCAAAUAACACAAUUUCCAAUUAAUCCAAGAUGCAUCUGUAAAAUAAUACUCUUCCUUCUUACUUGGAAGUGUUGCAUUACAAUCAGCAUCAUAAUUUAAAAAUUCCUUUUCAUUUAUAAUUUGGCUUGUUACUUUUGGAUAUUUCAUUCACAAAUCCCUUAAUGACUUAUUAAUCCGUUUUCUAUUUUGUUCUUGCUCUGGGGCUUAAUAGAGUCUAAAAAGAUUUUCCAAUUUUGCAAUCUCCUUUGGGUUGAUUAAUUCAAAAAGGAAAAUGUGCUUCUUACUAUAUUUAGUCUCUUUUCAAUCAUAUUUUCUCUAAUCAAAUUCACAAACUCUGCUAAAGCAUAUUUUCCAUCUUUAUUUUAGAUAUAUUUAUCAUAUGCUUCUCUCACUUCUCAAGAAGUUAGAAAUACACCAAAUUUAGACAGGAACUUUUAGGAUUCGUCCUUAUCCAAAUAUCCUUUUUUUUCGAUAAAAUAGCUCAAAUCAUGCCAUUAAUUAAUACACUCCUUCCAUGUCUUCUAUUUUACGAACAUGUAAUUAACCUCUAAUCUUAUUCUAAACUAAGUCCAAUUUCUCCAAUCCAUCGGUUUGA